GUUUUCUUAGUACAGGUGAUGAGGCUUCAUCCGGGAACUGGGGACUCCUAGAUCAACGACUGGCUCUUCAAUGGGUUCAAGAAAACAUUGGGAAUUUUGGAGGCGAUCCUACUUCAGUAACACUCUUUGGACAAGGAGCUGGUGCUGCCUCUGUCAUAUACCAUAUUAUAUCUCCAGUUAGCCAAAGGUUAUUUCAUCGAGCUAUAGCAGAAAGUGGAUCAGCUCUAUGUCCCUGGGCUUUAGAGCGUGAACCUCUCCAAUACGCCCGUGAGGUGGCGCUUCGUUUGAAUUGUCCAACUGAGAGUACUUUCCAGUUGGUAGAGUGUAUCUCUAGAAAAUCUACGGGGGAUAUACUGAGAGCACAAACGGAAGGAAAA